UUUCCCCAAUCUGUGAUCGUAGACUGCUGUUACAUUUUCUGCCAAUCAUGUAUACUUUGUUGCACAGAUCAAAGAACAGUUUAAUCAGAAGUGUUAACAAAAGAUAUCAGCCAAGAUAUCUUAGCAUGGGGUCUACGCAGGAAGAAGCUAAUGGCUUUGCACAGAGUUACAAAAUGUUUGUCUGCAAUGAACCCAAGGAUGGCACUCAAUAUAUAGAUGUUAUGGACAAGUACACCUUGAAAAAAGUGACCAAGGUGGCGAUGGCCACUGUACAGGACAUAGAAGCAGCAAUACAAGGUGCACAAGAGGCAGCCCCUGCAAUGGCUUCAAUGCCAUCUUAUGAGCGUAAGGCAGUACUGCAUAAGGUUGUGUCUGAACUUGAGAGGCAGGCUGAAGAGAUUGCACGUAUCAUAACAACUGAAUCAGGGAAGCCAAUCAAGGAUUCCAGAGGAGAAGUGCAGCGCACCAUUGAUACAUUUCAGGUGGCAGCAGAGGAAUCCACAAGGAUUAUGGGGGAAUACAUGCCUCUAGACAUUUCUCCCAGUAACAAAGGCUUGCAGGGAAUAAUUAAGAAAUAUCCCAUUGGACCCCUCUCAUUGAUCAGCCCAUGGAACUUUCCACUGAAUCUUGUUGCACACAAAGUUGCUCCAGCAUUAGCUGUGGGUUGCCCUUUUGUUCUGAAACCCAGUAGCCGAACCCCAAUUUCUGCCCUCUUCUUGGGACAAAUCCUGGAAUCCUGUAAUAACUUGCCUAAAGGUGCAUUUUCAAUAUUGCCCUGUUCUAGAGAGAGCUCUGAUUCUUUAAUAACAGAUGAUAGACUCAAGCUGCUCAGUUUCACAGGAUCAGGAACUUCUGGAUGGGACAUGAAAACCAGAGCUGGGAAAAAGAAGGUAGUGAUGGAACUGGGAGGCAAUUCUCCUUGCAUAGUGGAGGACCUUGUUCCUGAUCUGAAGGGAACGGUUGACAGGCUUGUACAAGGAGGAUUUUAUCAAAGUGGCCAAUCAUGCAUCCACAUGCAACGGCUGUAUGUGAGGGAAGAACUUUACAGUCGAGUGCAAGAUGCCUUGAUUGAAGCUGUGAAGGAACUGAAGAUGGGAAAUCCUCAUGAGGAAGAUACAUUUAUUGGGCCAAUCAUUUCAGAAUCUGCAGCUAAGUCAAUAGAAGAGAAAAUACAAGAUGCUGUGAAGAAGGGAGGCAGAAUAGCAAUAGGUGGAAAUAGACAUGGAACAUUUGUUGAACCCACAAUUCUGGAGAAUGUUUCCAUGGAAGCUCAAGUGAGACGAGAAGAGAUAUUUGGGCCAGUGGUCCUCAUGUACUCUUACAGAGAUUUUAUGGAUGCAGUGCAAGAGGCAAAUAACACACAGUAUGGAUUGCAAGCAGGAGUUUUCACAACAGAUGUGAACAAAGCAUUCUAUGCUCUUGAUCACAUUCAGGCAGGAGGUAUAUGUUUGAACGAUUCUCCCAGCAAAAGAGUUGAUAGCCAACCCUAUGGAGGGUUAAAAGACUCUGGAAUUCAGAGGGAAGGAGUGAGAUAUGCCAUGGAGGAUAUGUUAGAGACCAAGGUUCUUGUAAUGAGAAAUGUAGGCAAGAUAUAGAAUUGUAUAAAAUGAAUGUAGAUAGUUUUGAGCUGAAAUGUAUUCAAGUUGUAUUGAUUUUUUUGUUAAAUCUUUAUGUAAUACUUUUUACUUCUGUAUAUGGAGCUCUAGCUCUAGGCCCUCAAAUUAGGUCAUUUCCAUAGUCAUAUUCCGAUUUAACCAGAAUACCACCAGCCAAGGACAAAAUUAAUAAAAGAAAGGGAUAUAAUUCCAAACACAACA